UCCGGAGUCAGGACCACCCAAAACUCGUGCGCGGGACGCUUUCCAAGAGAGAGCAAGGCGCGAAAUCUGAGAGCAAAGCCGAGUGUGCGAACCCGAUAGACAAGUCGCUCCUGGGAGCAUUUUCGAGCGAAUAAGCAAGCGAUUAGCUAUAGCAAGCGAAUUAAGGAGGAGUACAAAAAUCUAGGGAAGCGGCAUAGAAGUUCCGAAUUCGCCAAAUAGUUGUUAUUGCCGCUCAUUGAACUAGUUCAGCCAGGCAAUAUAAGCGUUAGCGAUUGUCCUUUCAGAGAGGCAACAGCUCUGACCGAAAGCCGGCCUCCGACUCCAGUUGUGGAAGAGUGAAAGAAAAAGAAAAGGAAGAAGUCAGGGACGAAACGACCGUCGCAGCCACUUCGCCUCGAUACAUCCCCCUCCUGAGUGUGCCCCUUCGUCCGCUGUUGGAGAAAGACCUGCCUAAAGAGCCAUGCACGUUGGCAACAGCCGCAAGAGCCCGCUGGCCUGGAUCCUGCGUGCGUCGCUGUUGCUCCUGCUGUUGGUGUCGGGCCACCAGGGCGCCUACCUGGCCGCCAAGGAGCAACCUGGCGACGAGGAAGGCCGCGCCGCCGCCGCUGCCGACCUGGGAGAGUUUGCCGGACUGGCAGCGCUGCUGCGCGAGUACCUGGCCGGGAGGAUGCAGGAGCCGCCCAGGACGCACUUCUCAGACUCUGCCGCGUCACAGAUCAGCGUCGCCAAGAGAGGAGUGAUGAUGGGCGUGGACCUUCCGGACUUCAUCCUGAACCGGAACCAGCCAUCCCUGAAGAACCUGCAGGCUCUCCGGCAGCGCCUGUUCGAGAGCGGCCGGAGGCGGUGAUUCCCAGGAAGCACCGCGUCCAGGAAGCACCCCCCUCCCAGACUCCUUGGACUGCGACAGCCACGCAUUCCUCUCUCGCGAGACAUGGCCCAUUCUUCGGAAAACCGGUUAAAUCCUCAAAAGAAGAUAUCAACCCAGAAAUCAUCCACGAAAUUCGACUGACCGAAAUUCUUCGCGGAGAGGGUGCUCCACCGAAGACAGAAAAAAAAAAUGAAACUGAAAAUCCACAAAGAUGUUAUACUUAGUCCUUGAAUUAUAUUUAAAACAACACGUAGCGUAGGCACGACAAUCGAGGCGAGACGAAAAGCCACAGAGUCAUGUUCGCCAAUAAAUAUCGAUGACAAAUGUGAUAACAGGAAACAUAUGAAGAACAAUUUAAGUCAGUUUUAUUCCUUGCAGGAAAAUAGUUGUGGUACAAUACUUUCGUUCAAAAGAUUAAAGUACAUAUAUGAAUGUGAAGUGUUGUGUUUCUAGACUGAGUAUGAAAGCCUGUUUUGCGCGACUCCUGUAUCUCAAAUAUGUGCUUUACGUUGUUAAGUCAUACGCACAUACAAAAAAAUGUUGCGGUGUUGUGUCUUGUCAACUGAAGUCGCCGUUGUAUGCAGUGCUUGGUAAAGGUCGUUGUUUUGUUAAUGUUUCCAUUGCAUUGUGAAUAAAAAGCACCGAUUAAACUCAG